AUGGAGCUCAGCAUCCUCCUCCUCCUGGCUCUUUUCACAGGCCUCUUACUUCUCCUGGCCAGGGGUCAACCAAGGGCCCAAGGCCACCUCCCACCAGGCCAUCCUCUGCCUUUCUUGGGGAAUCUUCUGCAGAUGGACAGAAAAAAUCUACUCAAAUCCUUCCUGAAGCUCCAAGAGAAAUACGGAGAUGUGUUCACGGUGUACCUGGGGCAGAGGACUGUGGUCAUUCUGUGUGGGACAGAGGCCAUUCGCGAGGCCCUGGUGGACCAGGCUGAUGCCUUCUCUGGCCGGGCGAAAAUUGCAUCCCUUGAGCAAUCCUUCCAGGGAUAUGGUGUCAUCUUUGCCAAUGGGAAUCGCUGGAAGACCCUACGACGAUUCUCCCUGGCCACCAUGAGGGAUUUCGGGAUGGGAAAGCGGAGUGUGGAGGAGCGGAUCCAGGAGGAGGCUCAGUGUCUCGUGGAGGAGCUACAGAAAUCCCAGGGAACCCUCAUGGACCCCACCUUCUUCUUCCAUGCCAUCACCGCCAACAUCAUCCGCUCCAUUGUCUUUGGAGAACGCUUUGCCUACAAAGAUCCCGAGUUUCUGCGGCUGCUGGAUUUGUUCUACCAUACCUUUGGGCUUAUCAGCUCCACCUACAGCCAGGUGCUGGAGCUCUCCAGGGACUUCCUGCAGUAUUUUCCCGGCCCACACUGGCAAAUCUACAAAAACGUGCAGGAAGUCAGCGCCUUCAUUUGCCGCAGCGUGGAAAAACACCGGCAAACGCUGAACCCGAGCGCCCCCCGGGCCUUCAUUGAUACCUACCUGCUCCGCAUGGACAAAAAGUCCGACCCCGACACCGAGUUCCACCACAGGAACCUCAUUCUCACCGCACUGUCUCUCUUCUUCGCUGGCACUGAGACCACCAGCACCACUCUCCGCUACGGAUUCCUGCUCAUGCUCAAAUACCCCCACAUCGCAGAAAAAGUCCAAAAGGAAAUUGAUGAGGUAAUUGGCUCACAUCGCCCUCCAGCUCUCGAGGACCGAGCCAAAAUGCCGUACACCGAUGCAGUCAUCCACGAGAUUCAGAGAUUCGGGGACCUUCUCCCUGUUAGCUUGCCCCACUUGGUCACCAAAGACACUCACUUCCGAGGGUACAUCAUCCCCAAGGUGAGGACCGCUGGGCUCCUGCAUCUCUCCUGUGUGGGCAUCCUGGUUUCUCUUAAUCUCAACACUUGACCACUUCUAUGACUAGGGUUCCCUUGUUGUUUUUCUUGAGGGGGGGAGGGUGCAGGUAGAGAGGUAGUGAAAUCUUUUGAUCGGUUCCUUCUAUCCUUCCCUCAGGACACUGAAGUAGUUCCCAUCCUGAGCACUGCUCUCCAUGACCCACGUUACUUUGAAAAACCAGAUGAAUUCAACCCUGACCACUUU